AUGCGACGGUCAACUAGGGUUGCAAACAAGAAGACGAAGGCUUACAGUACUAGUUAUGAAGCAGUUUCUCCAAUUUCCGACGGCCGGAAAAAGAGUCAGCGGCGGCAGCAGAGAGGUAAGGAUUACAUUAGUGAAAUACCUGACGACAUUCUUACAAUCAUAUUAUCUCAGCUAAAUAUCAAAGAAGCAGUAAAAACCUGCAUUCUAUCACGUAAAUGGAGAUUUGUUUGGUCUUACGUUUCGAACGUGUUUAAUUUCGAUGCUUCGAAGGAAGAUUUGUUUCAUGAUGAACACAACAUUGGUCAGCGACACACAUUUGAAAUGACAGUGUGGAAUGUUUUGAAAAAACAUAAAGGACCGUUUAUUUCUGAGCUCAGUAUUCAAUACCCUUAUCAUUGCGAUUAUCAGGUUUUCCAUCGUCAGCUGCAGUUUUUGAUCGAUAUGUGCAUGAAAAAAGGAGUUAAGAGCUUAUUCAUCGACUUCCGAAGGGCCGAAAUAUAUCCACGGAGACCUGCGCAACGAUUAGGGUCUUUCUGUAGUUUGACAUCUCUUGUUUCUCUUCGAUUGAUUAACGCGAACAUCUCCGUUGAUUUUAUUCACCACCUUUUAUCGAAUUCUCCUAAUCUCGAGGUGCUGACUGUUGUCAACUCGCUUCCCGAACCCUCUAACCUGAAGUUUUGUGGUCCUUGUCGGAGGCUAAAGCACCUCGAAUUGAGGCUUGACGUGAUCCAGACUAUUGAAAUAUCGUCAGCGCCACAUCUUGAAACACUCGAGCUUUAUCCGAUCAACAGAGAUAUAAACAUUAUCUUCAACGAUAUUCCUGAUUCUCUGACCCGAAUCUCUUACGGCUUUGUUGUAGUUAAGGAACCCUUAAUUACUAGUUUGUUUUCUCAAUUGAAGUCGCUUGCUAUGCGGACAUGGUCCUUUACAUCUCAGGAUCGCCCGCAUUUUCCUGCAAUGAUGAGAAACUUAAAGGAAAUUAAGUUGAAAUUGGAUGGAGAUUGCAUUGAAGAUUUCAAUAGUUGCUUUAGCUUGAUCGAUGCUUCUCCUGUGUUGACCAAGGCAUACUUUAUCUUGAGUUUAGCAGGCAUUUUCACGAAACCUCACAGAAAAUUUAAGUUUAGUAGGCACCCUGAUUUUCUCGGACGUUCGAAGCAUCAAUGUCUCGAGGUGGUUGGGGUUUUCGAAUUUACGGAUUGCGAUAGUGACCAAGAACUUGUCACUUACUUAGCUCGGUAUGCUGAAAAUCUUCAGAAGAUAAAUAUCAAGUGUUCCGGCUACGGAAAAUUGGAGGUUUCUCGGGUUUCGAAGCUAAAAUCCGUGCUGCCUCCAUCUGUGGAGUUAAAGAUACUUCCAUGA